GGAAUGCUGAAUUCCUUCCUUGCUGUGCUUUGUGGACAAAAUGAGCCUCGCCCUUCUCCUUCUGGUGCUGGUGGGCACAUCCAGUGCCGCCAUCCCUCGGAAUUUGUGGCAAUUCCGUAACAUGAUCAAAUGCACCAUCCCAACCAGUGACCCGCUGAAGGAUUACAACAACUAUGGCUGCUACUGUGGCUUAGGGGGCAGUGGGACACCGGUGGACAAACUAGACGAAUGCUGUCAGACUCAUGACUACUGCUAUUCUGAAGCCAAGAAACACCCCAAGUGUAAAUUCAUUCUGGACAGUCCGUAUACAGAGAUCUACUCCUACAGCUGCUCUGGCAGUGACAUCACUUGUAGCGAAAAGAAUAACGAAUGUGAAGCCUUUAUCUGUGGCUGCGAUAGCAGAGCUGCCCUCUGUUUCUCAGGGGCUCCGUACAACGAGGACAACAAGAAUUUGGACACUAGCAAGAAGUGCAAGUGAAGACUGGGCUGUCUCCCCCAUGCAAAGACUUUUCUCUGCCCCCUCUUGUGCACCCCGUCCGCAACUAGCUUCGUGAGCAACGGCAAAGAGGGAGGCAUGGAUAAUUAGUUCAGCUUUUGGCUGCCUCUGAGUAAUAAAAUUUGGCAUCAAAA